AAAGGAAGCAUUCAAAUGAUUAACACUAGAGAAACAUCGAGUCCGGAUGGUAAUACAACGACAAGCGUAUUGACGUUUGUGCCUUCUAUAGAAGAUGCCGGAAAAUACUUAUCGUGCCGCGGUCAGCAACAACUUAUUGCCGAUAGCGGAAUUGAGGACGGUUGGAGAUUGGACAUACAUCACGUGCCACUAGUGACGUUGGAGUUGGGAAGUAACUUAAACGGAAGUACAAUUCGUGAAGGGGUAGACGUUUAUUUUGAAUGCAACAUUAAAUCCAAUCCCUGGGUAUAUAGGGUUAGUUGGAGGCAUAACGGAAAGGUUCUGCAUAACAAUCCCACCUCGGGGACAAUAGUGAGUAACCAGAGUUUGGUUUUACAAAGCGUAACGAGAAAUAGAGCGGGACACUAUACUUGUGUUGGGAGCAACCAGGAGGGCGAUGGCGAAAGUAAUUCCGUACAGCUCGACGUUAAAUUUGCACCUGUAUGCAAACUCGGACAAACGAAAUCGUAUGGAAUUGCCAGACUGGAAGUGGCGGAAAUUCGUUGCGAACUAGAAGCGAAUCCCACAGAUAUUCAAUUCGUUUGGAAAUUUAAUAACACCGAUAACAAUGCUCUAAUUGUGGAGCUUCCGCAAAAUUUAGUUACGUCUGACCGUUCGCGUAGUAUAUUAUCGUAUAAACCGGCGGCAGAAUACGACUACGGGACUUUACUCUGUAGCGGAAGAAAUGAAAUAGGAGAGCAAAAAGAGCCCUGCGUAUUUUACGUAAAUCCUGCUGGUAAACCUGACGCUCUUUCAAAUUGUUCCAUUCAAAAUCAGACUACAGAAUCCAUAUUUGUUGAAUGCGUUGAAGGAUUUGACGGUGGUUUGCAGCAAGAAUUUAUUAUGGAAAUCUACAACGUUCAACAGCAUAAAUUGGUAAGCAGUGUCUCAUCCAAAAGUCCAAUAUUUGUUGUCGGAGGAUUGGAAUCUGGCAAUGAUUUUGAUGUUCAACUCUACGCUUCCAAUAAAAAGGGAAAGAGCGCCACCGUACAUUUACCUGCGUCCACCUUAAAAUCGGCAGAGAAGCACAUUUCCGCUUCUACAUCUGUGCCACUCCACAUAAGUCCAUUAUUGGGCGCCUUAAUUGGAAUUGUCGCAGCCCUCAUGCUAAUAGCAAUUACCGUUAUAAUUGUAAUUCGCUUGCGACACUGCGGAAAUGAACGCGAACUUAAGACGUACGAUGACGAGGGUUUAUCCUUGUCAGUCACGCAAUGUACAACCAAUGGAGCGGAUAAGGGCAACAUUGAGACCAACGGCGAAAUGAAUGGAAGUAUGGAAAGCUUAGAAGAAAAGAAUCCAGACAUUAUCCCCCAUAACAACGCGGAGGAGUUUUUUGAGGACGAUAAACAGGGUUAUAUAUUAAUUAACAACGGCCCUGUUUGUACGUAUCCUAGAUUUCAAGCGCCCGUUGUUAUAGUAGGGCAAAAUAGUCACUAUGAUGAGUAUAGGACGUCGGAUCAGAAUGAAGAGCAGUUCACUCAGCUUUCUAUACCUAAUCGAGGGGUGCCUUAUAUCAUAUACAACAAACCAGCGCCUAAUAAUGCGUUAUACCGACAGGAGGCGAUUGUGUAUGGUGGAAGAGAACCCUCUACUCAAGUACUACCGUGUUUGCAGCCUCUCAGCCCUCCAUAUACGUUAUCAACCUUACAAAGGAAGCAACGUCAAGUAGUGCAUCCACACGUAUCUUGCUCCAUGCAAAAUGAGCCAAUAACGAUAAAUGAUAGUGGUAGUGACCCUAUCCUGUCAAGGACACAGAUGGACCCGUGUUAAGAACUGAUCUCGCACUGCAUGGCCCCCCUCCCUUGUCGUUUGAUACGUUAUGUUAAAGAGAAUUUUAUUACUAUUUCUGUUGAUUAUGUUUUAAACAUUACUUAUUUAAUCAUAUUUGUUGACAAUAAAAUUAAAUGUAAAUGUUCGAUACAAAUUUUCAUGUUGUUAAUAUUUUAUAAGAUUUUGUAAAUGGAGAUAUAAAUUUUAUAUUAAAUAUAAAAUAAC